CUUUGGCCAGCAGUCCUGGUGACCGCCGUCAGAGCUUGGGGACACCUGUUGCAAGCCUGGACAGUGGCGGCGGUCUUGUGAACGGGCGUCCUGCUGUAUCCGUGUGGUGCGAGAGGAAGCAUAAUAUUACAUUGCAGCUUAUCAUGGCUGCCUUCGGAAAAGGCAGCGACCCUGGUGGUGGAGUGACACCUGAGGUGCCGACGCUGCAGCUGGAGACACGUGUGGAACGAAGACGCCUGUCUCAGGCCCGCCACCGAGCCACCCUGGCAGGAUUAUUCCAUAAUCUCAGAAAGGCUGUGUACUCCCAGUCGGAUCUCACAGCCUCCAAGUGGCAGGUUCUCAAUAAGGCAAAGAAUCGCAUUCAGGAACUGGAGCGCAACCUGGACACUCUGCUGAAGCUGAAAGAGUCCUUCCACCUGGAAGAUGGGCUUGCGAGCACCUUAGAGGAGGUCAAGGAAGAAUAUGUCAGAAUGUACUGUGGAAAUGACAGCUUUGCUCAGAAUGACUCCUUUCUCUGGUGCCUGACUGAGACAACUGGGAAAGACAUCGAGGAGGAGGUGGAGGAGGCAGCCGUGAGAGAGGAUGAGCAGGAGGAGGAAGAGGAGGAGAUGAAGCAGGAAGACGUGGAGGAGGAGGAAGGGGAGAAUCAUGUGGAGCUCUUGGCCUCCCCAGACACUCUGUCUACAGAGCUCAUGGAGUUUGAACGGUACCUCAGCUUCUACAAGCAGAUCAUGGAUCUUCUGACUAUGAACAACAUCAUCUCACAGCAGGAGGUGACACUGCCUGUCGUCUCUGCGGCCAUCUCUCAUCUGUGGCAAACCUUCUCGGAGGAGAAGAAAGCCCGGAUCCUGCAGGCCUGGCUGCAGCUGCACUGCGGCCUCCCGGAGACCUGGGAGGGGCCGCCCCAUGCCGAGGACAGUGGAUUCAACAGCCAGGAGGCCAACUUCUCCGUGGUCUCCACCGCGCAGGAAAUCCUUUUUGAAGAUGUCCUUAACCUGACAAAUUUCCUAGAUAACAAUGAAGGUCCAAGUACAUCUAGCCCCAGGUCGGAAGCCCAAGAACUCCAAGAUCAAGAUGCUGGCACAGUCCCACCUGGGGAGGGCCGGCUCACUGAGGAAGAUGGCGUCUCAAUAGAACCUCGCAGUUCCAUGCUUGCCAACUGCAGCCCAGAGAGUGUUGAGAAGUUUCACCUCUACCUGCAGAUCAUCAACUUUUUUCUCAGCCUUUGCGGUGCUAACACUGAGCUAAAACAGGUAAAGAUGGUCCUGUUGAUGAUGAAAUGAUCAUGUUGAGGUGCAUGGAGACCUUCGACGACGACGAGUUGUAG